GUUACGCCUUGUUCCGUAUAAUUGGUCCGUGCGAACAAGGAUCGACGCUGGCGCGAACAACUCUCUGGCCAAAUGGUGGAGGGGUUGAAGUGCGAUUCCUUGCGCGACUACACGCGACCCUAACCGGUUCAGAACAGUUGCCGCGCGUACUUUGUCACGUUCGCGUCGCUGACCGUGAUCGUAAGCUUGUCACGAGACUGCAACCACCUUUCUUCGAGUGAUCUCUUUUAAAUGCUUCGUUUCAUCCGAAAGAUUCCGCCAAAAUCCCAGUGGAUCUUGAAUCAGGCUGGUUCCAAUCGUUAAACGUUCAUCCAGGUCAAGGCUCGACAGUCGGGAUGGGCUUCUCACGAACAAUGGACGUGCGAUAUUGCAGCAAUUAGCGAAUUCGCGUUUCCUGGUAUUUGAUGGAUCAUUGGAUUAAGCUGGCGUAACAGUUUGACCUGUGGAACAGCGUUUCUCCUGGAAUUAGACUCCCGUGGGGAAUUUUCAGCCGGGAAAUAUACGUAUCACGUUCGUAAAGGGGAUAUAAUCAUGCCCGAUAAUGCGGACUAAUGUGCGGCUCUAUAAUUAAACAAGAUGGUGAAGAUGGUGUUAACUCAGAAGACGUUAUACUACAAGUACAAGGAAGAGAGUAUCGCAGACUUUGCUAAUUAGCCUGGUAUCUGCAAUUAGAUUGGCUUCUGACUUGGGUGGAGGCCGUCGACGAAGAAAACACUUUGUAGACCAGCACGCAAGUCCAAUUGCCGCACACAGCUCGAAACAGUUCGCCAUCAUUUCACAAGAACGCCAUGGAACUUGAAUGAAAGUACCCGGGAAGAAAUCGAAAUUCAAACAUCGACUGAUCAAACGUAUUUAAAGAAAUAGUCGUCAACUUUCAGAACGAAGUACAGAAGCAGAUGCAUUUAAAUCUUUACCAAUACAGAAAAACGUGUGGAAUCGAUAUCUUGAAACAUCGUCGAACAUCACCAACACACAGAAUUUAAAUGAACAUACAAUCUUCAUCUUCAGGACAAAGAACACAACCAAUCAACAUCGUCAAGCAUACUCCAACCAUUGCUGUACUCUUCUUUGUCACCUGUAUUGUAAAGCAAAAAAAAAAAAAAAGAAGAAGACGACGAAGAAGCGAUUACCAAGAGAAUGUAACAAUGACGAACAUAACGCGACUGGGGCCGCGAAUAGCGUGAAUCCAAGCUACAGAGAGAGGCGAACUCGAACGUGCAUCGACUCGGAGAAGGAAAUUCCUCUCGCCUUUGUUCCCGGUUCCUCCGCGCGAAAUAAAAGAUUCAGUCGUCCAGAAUUCGUCGGCGGGGAAGAAACAGAGGUGCUCGCUCGCGGGGAUAUUCGAUUGAGCAGCGAAUUCAACUUGGUUUCUCGCGUUGGGAGAAGAAGCCAUCUGGCGGGAAGAGAUGAGGAAACACGGGACAGAAUAUAUCUGUUCGAUAUUAUCCGGCCACGUUCGUUGAGUUUGCAUGGGUAGAGAGGAUGGUAGAGACAAAAGGAGAUGAAAAUGGAUAAUUAGAGGAAACAUGGAUGCUAAUGCCAUUGGCAACAACACGCGGGAUUUCUGCAGGGGCAGAUAUAAGAACUUUGUACCUCCUGACGAUGAGCUAUGGUGUGAGCCAGUCUGGGACUCGUUACUCUGUUGGCCUCCAACCAAAGCAUCUACGACAACCAAGCAGAAAUGCCCGUUCGAAGAUGGAUUCGAUACGACUAAAUCGGUGGAGAAGAAGUGCGGCUACAACGGCCGCUGGGAGGGCCAGAACGGCACGAGCAACGAGGAAUACCUCCACGGCUGGGCAAACUACACAACUUGCCUCACGCCAGAGAUACUCCGUCUUCACGGGAAAGUUUACACCAACACCAUCGAGGGUAACAUGAAGCUGGAGAUAGCUGAAAAGACACGAACGUUGGAAUUCGUCGGUUUAAGCAUCUCUUUAGUAGCCUUGCUCGCUUCGCUUGCUAUAUUCUGUCGCUUUAGGUCUCUAAGAAACACCAGGACCAGGAUACAUAAGAAUCUGUUCGUUGCCAUGGUUGUCCAGGUUUUGAUUAGAUUAACAGUGUACAUAGACAUGGAAAUCCUAAGGAGAAAGACUUAUGGCAUUCAGAGGGGCAUUGGGAAUACUCCUGUGCUUUGUGAGGCCAGUUAUGCUCUUUUGGAAUACGCGAAAACUGCAAUGUUCAUGUGGAUGUUUAUAGAGGGUCUGUUCUUGCAUAAUAUGGUCACUGUAACAGUGUUUCAAGAAAACUCGUACUACAGGAUAUAUCGGUUCGUCGGAUGGGGAUGCCCUGUCGUAAUGACGCUAAUUUGGGCUAUUAUUACCGCGUUCUGUUAUCAUCCAAGAUCGAAAUUUUCCAGAUGCUGGUCCGGAUACAACCUGUCUUCCUAUUUUUGGAUCCUGGAAGGACCCAGGUUUGCAGUGAUAUUGCUCAAUUUUCUGUUCCUGCUGAACAUCGUUAGAGUGCUCGUAAUGAAGCUUCGACAGAGCCACACUAGUGAAAUCGAGCAAGUCUUAAAAGCUGUGAGGGCAGCUGUGGUUCUUCUGCCGCUGUUAGGCAUCACCAACGUGCUCUUCAUGAUCGAGGCACCUCUGCACAACGUGAAGAAAUUCGCGCUAUGGUCUUACUCCACGCAUUUCCUUCAAUCGUUCCAAGGGCUUUUCAUUGCAACGCUCUACUGCUUUUUAAACGGCGAGGUGAGACUUGCUCUGGACAAGACUAUCUCCGUCUACCUUUCUUUAAGAGGAACCGACCUGCAAGCAAGGAGGCAGUCGACGUUCAGUGGUUGCCAGCCGCAAAGAAUUGCGUCCGUGAUCGAGAUGGAAGAAGAGGAGAUGAGAUCCAGUGGAUGGAUAAGACUGUGCUGUCGAGGUGGAAACACCCCACCACCGGACCGACCUGCCGACUGUCUGACUAUGGAGCCUCUUUGGACUCCUGGACCUUAGACAGGAGCUUCAAAAUUCCACUCAGUCCAUGAAGGAUAGCUGUGAGCAUCACCGGCUGCUGAAUAAGUGAACUCGUACAGCUUGGAAUUAGCUUAAAGACUUACAGUUUCUACCUGGAAAUCUGAUUGAAUUAACGGACGACGAUGAGGAUUGUCCAGCGUGGAGCUUGAAUCAAUUAAAAAUCUAAAUGUUUCGAUGAACUUCUUAACUUAAUUUGCAUGGUCAUGGAAUUUCUAAGUGAUAUAAAGUCUAAAGACAUUGUACGACAACUAUGAAUUGUUAAUUGGUAACUUAUUGAUGUGAAUGAUUGAGUGAAUCUCGAGGAAGAAUGAAACUUCAGAAUUUAAAGUCUUUUUAUUGAGAAAUUGGUUUGAUAUAUAAGAUAAAUCAAUGUAAGUGAAUUGAGAAGAAUCGUUGAAAACGAUUAUAUAAUCAUUGAGACUUCGCGACGAUUCAUGUGAAUGUACGUUUUCCUUCCUGCUCCUCUUAAUGAAAAUCAUUUCGAAGAUACUAUAAAACUAUAAAAAACGACUAAUCAGCAGAAUUCAGAAAGUUGAGAAAUGAAAAUAUGUUUUACGCAUUUGAAACAGAACUUGCAGGAAGCAGAUUCAAUAUAUUCCUUUGUAUCCUUGUGCGAAAAGUAUCAAGAUUUAAAAGUUAGUGCAAAAGAAAACAAUUUUUGUGAAAAGAAUUGUAAUAAACAAAAUAUUUACGGAGGCAAUUCAGGCCUGAGGAAGGAAGAUAAAAUAAAGUUUAAAGAAUCAAAAGAUUUUUAAAUACGCUGUUUCAAACUGUUAUAGAGGCGUUAUCAAAGCUUUCAAUAAUAAAAUUUUUCAAACAGAGGAUUUUCGCCAGGUGUCUGUUACGCUCUCUUUAUAAAUCAUAGACUGACUACUGUGACAAAAGAUAUAUAUAUAUAUCUUGUGUCGUAUUUUUAAGCUUUCGUCAAAUGGCCAGGGUAAUUAGUUGUAAGGCUAACUACAUAAUUAGUGGAUGCAUCAUCGCUUGUGCGACUUUGUAGCUGUGCGUUUUUUUAAAAUGUAAAUAAAUUAUCGUGUCGACAUCUA